AUGGCCGACGACGCUGCUCACGAGCUCGAGUUCGACACCGUCGAUGCCGGUGCCUCGACCACCUACCCCAUGCAGUGCUCUGCUCUGCGCAAGAACGGUUUCGUCGUCAUCAAGGGCCGCCCUUGCAAGAUCAUCGACAUGUCGACCUCCAAGACCGGCAAGCACGGUCACGCCAAGGUCCACCUUGUCGCUACCGACAUCUUCACCGGCAAGAAGCUUGAGGAUCUCUCCCCCUCCACCCACAACAUGGACGUCCCCAACGUCACCCGUCGCGAGUACCAGCUUCUUGACAUCUCCGACGACGACUUCCUCUCCCUCAUGGCCGAUGAUGGCGACAUGAAGGACGAUGUCCGCAUGCCCGACGGCGAGAUUGGUGACAAGAUCAGGAAGCUCUUCCAGGAGGAGGAGAAGGACACCAACGUCAUUAUCCUCACUGCCAUGGGUGAGCAGUGCGCCAUCGAGGCCAAGGAGGCUCCCCGCCAGUAA